AUGGGGCUCCACCCCCUUCCAAGCUCGAAGUCCACGGUCAACGACGCAGGCGGCCUGAGUGCCUCUGCCAUCGACCUUUGGAUGCCCUUCCUGGAGGAUUCGGAGGAGCCCCCGCCCCGGCGCGGCGGCUUCGGGGCCGACGACCGGGACCUCCUGGGCACCGCCGUGGGCCGGCUGCUCUCCGCGCCCGCCGCCGUGGCCCACGGGCGGGGCACGCCCGCCAGGUCGGCGCCCCAGGGCCAG